CUUCCGCUCCCUCUCUCGCUCUCUUUUCCUCGUUUCUCUCCCUCUCCUCAGGCGGCACCAUGAUGAGCUACGGCCUGUCGGACCCGCUCUUCUCCGGCAGCGGCUUCUCCUUCCGCAAGGAGCCCGGCGGGCGCUACGCUUCCUCCCGCUCGGGCGUCGGGUCUCUGGCCUCGAGCGGCUUCCAUUCGCAGGCGUCCUGGUCGCGGGGCUCGGCGGCGGGGGCGGCGGGGGCCUCGGCGGCGGGCUCCAGCUACCGGCGCCUGGCCUCUUCGGCGGGGGGCGCCCUGAGCCAGCUCGGCUCCUCGACCGAGAGCCUGGAGUCCUCGCUCAACGGCGCGCCCGGCGACCUGCGCGGCCGGAACGAGAAGGAGGUGCUGCAGGCGCUCAACGACCGCUUCGCCGGCUACAUCGACAAGGUGCGGGCGCUGGAGGUGCAGAACCGGCAGCUGGAAGCUGAGGCGGCCGCCCUCCGGCAGCAGCAGGCCGGCCGCUCGGCCAUCGGGGAGCUGUACGAGCGGGAGAUCCGCGACAUGCGCUCCGCGCUGGUGCAGCUCAGCGCCGAGAAGGGCCAGCUGCAGCUGGAGCAGGAGCACCUGGAGGAGGACCUGGCCCACCUCAAGCAGCGCCUGGACGACGAGGCCCGGCAGCGGGAGGAGGUGGAGGCGGCCAUCCGGGCCCUGGGCAAGUUCGCCGACGACUCGCAGCUGGCCAAGGGCGAGCUGGAGAAGAAGCUGCAGGCGCUGCGCGACGAGAGCCUCUUCCUGCGCCGCAGCCACGAGGACGAGGUGGCCGAGCUGCUCCUCCAGAUCCAGGGCUCCAGCAGCGACGCCCAGGGGGCCUGGGAGGCGCGCGAGGCCACCCUCCGCUCCGACGUCACCUCGGCCCUCAAGGAGAUCCGCGCCCAGCUCGAGGGACACGCCGUCAAGAGCACCAUCCAGUCCGAGGAGUGGUUCCGAGUGAGGCUGGAUAAGCUAUCAGAAGCUGCCAAGGUGAAUACGGAUGCUAUCCGCUCUGCUCAGGAAGAGAUUACAGAAUACCGCCGGCAGCUGCAGUCCAAGACCAUUGAGCUCGAAGCUCUAAGAGGGACCAAAGAAUCCUUGGAGCGACAGAGGGCUGACCUAGAGGACCGGCACAAUGUGGAUGUCCAGUCUUAUCAGGAGAACAUCAUGCAGCUGGAUAAUGAGUUGAGGAACACCAAGUGGGAGAUGGCAGCCCAGCUGAGAGAAUACCAGGACCUGCUUAAUGUCAAGAUGGCUUUGGAUAUAGAGAUCGCUGCUUACAGGAAACUGUUGGAAGGAGAGGAAUGCCGCCUGGGAAGUGGAGUGGGUCUCUUCCCUUUCCCCGAGACGUUCCCCAAGGGUCCAAGCAUCUCCACUCACAUCAAGGUCAAGAGCGAAGAGAAGAUCAAAGUGGUGGAGAAGUCGGAGAAGGAGACGGUCAUUGUGGAAGAGCAGACUGAGGACGUCCAAGUGAUUGAAGAAGUAACAGAGGAAGAUGGGGGGGAGAAGAAAGAGGAAGAAGAGGGUGAGGGUGAGGAAGCAGAAGAGGAAAAAGAAGAAGAAGAAGAAGAAGGUGAAGGUGAAGCAAAAGAGGAGGAAAAGGCAGAGUCUGAAGGAGGAGAAGGAGGAGAGGCUGAGGAAGAAGGAGGAGGUGGAGAAGAAGCCGAUGAGUUGCCAGCAAAAGAGAAGGAGUCUCCAUCAGCAGAGGAAGCCAAAUCUCCAGAAAAGGUGCCAACGCCUUCAGAGAAAGAGGAGGCCAGAUCGCCAGAAAAAGCAAAGUCCCCAGCAAAAGAGGAAGCCAAGUCCCCAGCUGCCAAAUCUCCAGCGAAGGUUGCCUCUCCCACCAAAGAGGAGGCCAAAUCCCCUCCCAAGGAGAAGUCCCCUACCAAAGAUGAGGAAAAAGCUCCUGCCGCCAAGUCUCCUGAGAAGGUCGCAUCUCCGACGAAGGAGGAGAGCAAGUCUCCCGAGCAGGUCAAAUCCCCAGCAAAGGAAGCCCCCAAGUCUCCAGCAGCGAAGUCUCCGGAGAAAGCGGCCACUCCAACCAAGGAAGAAGUCCGGUCUCCGGGAAAGGUCAAGUCUCCCACCAAGAAAGAGGCUAAGUCUCCCGAGAAGCCCAAGUCGCCACCAAAGGUUAAAUCACCAGAAAAAGAGCCCACCAAGCCACCUCAGAAGGAGGCCAAGGUGCCUGUGAAGGAAGAGAAGGAGAAAGCUCCAGGGAAGCCAAAAACAGAAGAGAAGAAAGAGAGCAAGAAAGAAGAGGAACCCAAACCGGCAGCGCCAGCUAAGGAUGUAAAGAAACCAGAAGCCAAAGUGGAGGAGAAGAAGAGUAAGACCGAGGAGAAGGACGAGGCCAAGAAAGCCACCAAGCCAGAACCUGAGGAGAAGGACAAGGCUGGUGCCAAAGCCGAGGACAGCAAAGCCAAGGAAAAAGAGCCCUCCAAACCAGCACCGACAUCCAAAGAUGAUGCCAAGAAAGAAGAGAAAGCCGCCCAGAAGGAGCCCGAGCCCAAACCCCAGGCCAAAGAAGCAAAGGGCAAGGAGCCGAGUCAGGAAGCUGAAAAACCAAAGGCAGAAGAGAAGGAGAAAGCUGAGCCCAAGAAGGAGCCGGAGGAGAAACCCAAAGCUGAAGCUAAACCCAAAGAAGAGGCCAAGAAGGAGGCCAGUGCCAAGGAGACCCCCAAGUCCGAGCCUGCCAAGGAGUCCCCAAAGGCCACCAAGCCCAAGGCAGAGAAAGCGGAGAAGUCCUCCAGCACAGAGCCUAAGGAGGGCAAGCCCACAGAAAAAGCGUCUGGGGGGGAGAAAGCCAAGAAGAGCGAAAAGUGAGGAGAGGGCGCUGCUUGGGGGGGGGGAGAGGGCAUGGCAGGCCACCCAAGGCGUUGCGCAAGGGCGUCCCUGCCGGAGGGCCAGCCCU